AUGAAACUUCACCACUUCAACACUCAACGUGUUUCAUUCUUGAUUAUUUACAAUAUUCUGCAUUUAUCUCUUCAGUUAUCGGCAUCUGAUAAGACCUGCUCUCAUGCAAACCCUGAGCAAAGAGAAGUUAGGACAGAUGAUGACAUAAAGUGCUUUGUUACCAUCCCAUCCUGCCUGAAGACGGCGCUGGUAGCUUUUAAGAAUUUACCGCUACCUACUACAUCAUUGUCCUCAUCGUUCACUGCUGCAUUCCGCCUUCUCAAAGAAGAAAUUAUCCGCCUUUUAUUCUAUCUGUCUCAUAAGUAUCACUUAAUCUUUCAGUUGUUACAAAGUAAGACCCGCAUCUAG